AUGGCAGUUGCAGGCAUAGAGGCCGCCCUCCAGGGAGCAUCCGGCUUAUCGCAGGCUCGACCCGGAAUGCUACCUACCCCAAUCGCCGAAAUCGCCUUCAUUCUGGUCUGCUCGACCGGUCAAUUCUUCUUCUCCUCGCUCAUCGGAAACGUGACCAUCACGCAGGUGAUCCUGGUGGACCGCUUCAACAUGGCCAACUCGCAAGCCCCAUGGCUGAACGGUGCCUACCUCCUCGCCAAUGGCCUCAGUGUAACUCUAUCCGGCGCGAUAGCAGAUAUCUCUGGUGCGCGUACCCUGAUCAUUGCUGCACUCGCCUGGCUCAGCGCCUGGUGCAUCGUCGGAGCCAUCGUAGGCCUUCGGAACCCCAUCAUCUUCCUCCUCGUUCGCGCAAUGCAAGGCUUAGCCGUAGGCGCCCUCACUUCCUCCUCCAUCUCCUACCUCGGUCGCGUGUACAAGCCAGGGAUGCGCAAGAACCGCGUGUUCAGCGUCAUGUCGAGUCUUGCGCCAUUCGGUUUCGUCAUUGGUGGUAUACAAGGCGGUGCACUAAGCAAUCGUCUCGAGUGGAUCUUCGGCUCCAAUGCCGUACUGGCUUUCGUCGCAUUCGUCGCCGCGGCAAAGUACGCGCCAAAAGAGCAAACGAUGCGUGCUUUUGAGAAUUUGACCACAUCGACGACUAUCACUACCGCCGCUCCCGGUGGGAAGCGACGCUUCGACUACAUUGGUGCCACGCUUGCCAUUAUCUCUUGCGGGCUCCUCAUCUUUGGCUUGACACAAGGCAGCUCGGCACACUGGUCGCCUUACACGUACGCGAGUGUUAUCGCCGGCCUGGCCAUGCUUGCAGUCUUCGUCUAUGCUGAGUCCAAAGUCGCACAGCCGCUCGUGCCCAACUCACUCUGGCGCAUAAAGGGUUUCCUGCCGCUCUCCCUCUCGUACUUCCUCAGCUUUGGCUGUUUCACCGCAUAUCAGUUUUACGCAGUUCAAUUCUGGCUCCGCGUGCAAAAGGUCACACCUUUGACAGCCUCGCUUUACCUAUUGCCCAACGCAUUCGUCGGUGUCCUCGCUACCUUUCUCGUCGCACGUCUCUUCCAUGUCGUACCGGGGCACAUCAUCCUUGGGGCCGGUGCAUUCGCCUGCGCAUUAGGACCGGCCUUCUUUCUGCCUCAGAGACCCGACACUCCAUACUGGGUGCUGUCGAUGCCAGGCAUCGCGCUCUCAACAUUCGCACCCGACCUUUCGUUUGCAGCCGCUAGUAUCUUCAUCACCAGCAAUGUCAGCAGGCGCUAUCAGGGCGUUGCAGGUUCGAUGCUCAUCACGCUUCAGAACUUGUCCUCUGCCAUCCUCACCUCGCUCAGCGAGACCGUUGCUGCCAGCGUCGGCGACCCGUCUCUGACGAUCUCCAUGCUGCAUGCUGCUUGGUGGUUCGAUUUGGCUGGAGGCGUUGUAGCUCUCCUGGUCGCAAUCUUCGCGCUCAGAAUUCCCAAGGCUGAGGAAAAGGAGCACCUGCAAUAG